GGCUACCUUAUCUCUCCAAAACUUAAUUGUCAUCUUGAUAAAUUGCUUUUAUUCCUAAAUACUUAAACUUCAGAUUUAAAAAUAUCAAAAUUAAUAUUCUAUCAUGAAUCGAACUGAAACUUUCUGAUGGAUUCCGACAUUGAUCCCCUCCACUCUAGAGAAAUCUAUUAUGGAAGAAACCAAGGAACAAGAAGUCACCAGGUGCCAGAACAUUGUCUAUAAGAUUUAUCCAGACGAAAGAAAAAUUGAACCACUGGAUUCAGAGUUUGGAGAAGCUUCAGGAAAUAGCAGAAUCCAGAUUGGUUUCAGAGACUUUAAAAAUGUGAAACUUGAACAAAGUUUAAAGAAUCUCAUAUUCUUUGAUGUGAAUCGGAUUGAUUUUGAAAGUAUUGAUUCUAAGAAUAGGCAUUUAGUAGAUUUCUUAGAAUCCUCAUUCCCAAAUAAAACGAAUGAGUUCUAUUUUAACUCCAGGAAUAAAAUUGAUCUGAAUAGGUCCAAUUACUUAAACUCACUGCUCAGGCUCAGUUCUAAAGUCACUCAAAAAGUUUCAUUUAAUUCUCUAUUCAUUGGCCUCCCUCAACUGAAGAGAUUGGUGGCAGCUUACAAGCAUGUCAGAGUGUUGAUAUUGUGGGGUUCCAAGUUAUCAAUCCCAAGUGUUCCAGAUUUAUCAAAGGCUCUUACAAAUUGCCAAAUCCAGAAACUAGGUUUAUUCGGAUCAGGAAGCUAUCAUUUAAGUGACUGGAAGAGCAAUUUCUACCAGUUUAAGAACUUGAUACAAGGGCUAGCAAGUUCUCCAGAUUUAAGGUUGAGUCUCAAGGAGGUAGAUAUCAUCUACUGCUGAGUAAACCAAAAUGAAGCUCAACAGGUCUUUGAAGAAAACCAACUUGGAGAUGUGGAAAUAAUUGGUGGAAAUUAA